GGCAACCUACGUCCAGAGGAGGCUCUCCAAGCACUUACCAUCUAUGAAGGAAAAUUUGGAAGGUUAAAAGAUGACCGUGAAAAAUGUGCAAAGGCCAAAGAAGCUCUGGAGCUAACAGAUACAGGACUUCUCAGUGGCAGUGAAGAACGUGUCCAAGUUGCCUUAGAAGAGCUACAGGACCUUAAAGGAGUCUGGUCUGAGCUUUCAAAAGUUUGGGAACAGAUUGAUCAAAUGAAAGAACAGCCUUGGGUUUCUGUACAACCCAGAAAGCUUCGACAAAGUUUAGAUGGCUUAUUAAACCAGCUGAAAAAUUUUCCUGCUCGGCUACGUCAGUAUGCAUCCUAUGAAUAUGUUCAGAGACUUCUGAAGGGUUACAUGAAGAUAAAUAUGUUGGUGAUUGAGCUAAAGUCAGAAGCUCUUAAAGAUCGUCACUGGAAACAACUGAUGAAGAGGCUACAUGUCAAUUGGGUAGUUUCUGAACUAACUCUGGGGCAGAUUUGGGAUGUUGACUUGCAGAAGAAUGAAUUGAUUGUGAAGGAUGUGCUACUUGUGGCACAAGGAGAGAUGGCACUGGAAGAAUUCUUGAAACAGAUACGUGAAGUAUGGAAUACCUAUGAGUUGGACUUGGUUAACUAUCAAAACAAAUGCCGUUUGAUUCGUGGUUGGGAUGACCUCUUCAACAAGGUCAAAGAGCACAUCAAUAGUGUAUCUGCAAUGAAGCUUUCUCCAUACUACAAGGUAUUUGAAGAAGAUGCUCUUAGCUGGGAAGACAAACUGAAUCGAAUUAUGGCACUGUUUGAUGUCUGGAUUGAUGUCCAGAGGCGAUGGGUUUACUUGGAAGGCAUCUUCACAGGUAGUGCUGAUAUCAAACAUCUGCUGCCAGUUGAAACCCAGAGGUUCCAAAGCAUCAGCACAGAAUUUCUGGCUCUCAUGAAAAAGGUAUCAAAAUCUCCCUUGGUGAUGGAUGUUCUGAAUAUUCAGGGGGUACAGAGAUCCCUGGAAAGAUUAGCAGACUUGCUUGGAAAGAUCCAAAAAGCUUUGGGAGAAUAUCUGGAGAGAGAGAGAGCUUCUUUCCCUCGGUUCUAUUUUGUUGGGGAUGAAGAUUUGCUUGAAAUCAUUGGAAACAGCAAAAAUGUAGCCAAACUGCAGAAACAUUUCAAGAAGAUGUUUGCUGGUGUGUCGAGCAUUAUCCUCAAUGAAGACAGCUCUGUUGUUCUGGGAAUAUCAUCACGUGAGGGAGAAGAGGUGAUAUUCAAAACUCCUGUGUCAAUCACUGAGCAUCCCAAGAUCAAUGAGUGGCUUACACUUGUGGAAAAAGAAAUGAGGGUAACACUUGCCAAACUCCUUGCCGAGUCUGAAACAGAAAUUGAGAUCUUUGGCAAAGCAACUUCAAUUGAUCCAGCUACCUACAUCUCAUGGAUUGACAAAUAUCAGGCCCAGCUUGUUGUCCUUUCAGCUCAGAUUGCCUGGUCAGAAAAUGUGGAGUCUGCUUUGAACAGCAUAGGCGGAGGUGGUGAUAGUACACCUCUGCAAUCUGUGCUAACCAAUGUCGAAGCAACGCUGAAUGUGCUUGCAGAUUCUGUAUUGAUGGAGCAGCCUCCUCUCCGCAGAAGA